CCACAGUCUAUAACCAUCUCUUGUAUCAUGUCUGCAGCCUUUAACCAUCUCUUGUAUGUAUCAUGUCCACUAUCUCUGACCAUCUCCUGUAUCAUGUCCACUAUCUCUGGCUAUCUCUUCUAUCCUGUCCACAGUCUCUGACCAUCUCUUGUAUCAUGCCCACUAUCUCUGGCUAUCUGGAAACCAUGUUUUACCCUACUAGGUCUUCCCUUUCUAUCCUCCCCGCCAUCGCUCUAAUUGGCCUAUUAUGCCAGGGGGUUAGAAGGUCUUCCUGAUCAUGUGACCACCAUGAUUGGUUGUUUCUGUAGUCAUAGUUACAUAGUUAUUCU